UUAGAUUUUAUAUUUCCAGUUAUUUGUAGCAAUAAAAUAUUUUAGCAUUCUUUGCAAAGGACAAAAUUUUUUGGUAUUCAUAUAUUAAUGUAGAUUUCUGGAUUUCUUCGUGUUUAUUGGAAGAUUUUUGUGUAAUGGGAAAAAAAAAAAUGGUUGAAGUAACUGUAAAAUUUAGCAAUAAAUUGGCACCAUCUGAUCCUCUUAAGAAUGGUGUGCUUAUUAUCGGACAAAGGCAGCAUCUGAUAACUGUGCCAUUUGAAGAGGUAUUCAUGAAAUUUGGUACACGAGUAACUAAAGAGCUUUAUGACAGUGCCAUGGACCAAAUAAAAGGCUGUCAUUUGGAUUUAGUACCUCUUUACAUGAAGUAUGCUAAUCUUGCAAAAAUUAAUGCAAAAUGCUCAAGACACAAUACUCCUUCUCAUUGCCAUAUAUUAUCUAAAUUCAUUAAAUGUCAUUCAACAGGAAAAGAUGAAUAUAUUGUGGUUGUAUGUGAAUACAAAUAUCUUCUAGCUUCAGCGUGUGCUGUUGCACGCAGCUAUCCAGUAUAUAGCAAGAAAAGUGUUAGUUCUUCUUAUACUGUUACAGUUGAAUUUAUUGUUUGUGAUUCUAACAAUUCUAGCAAGCAUCUUCCCCUCACGGAUGCUGAUAUUAAUUGUCUACAAGCAGCAGGGGAUGCAGUUCGUACAGCGGGAAGGAUUGUUGACACACCUUGCAAUGAAAUGCAUACUGACCUGUUUCUGGAGGAGAUAUAUAAAAUAGGAGAUGCUUUGAAUAUCAGACCUGAAGUCAUUCGUGGUGAAGAGCUACGAAAACGGGGAUUUGGAGGACUCAGUGCUGUGGGCAGAGCUGCAGAACAUCCUCCUGCUCUUGCUAUAUUAAGCCACACUGUGCGUGGUGCCAAAGAAACUAUUGCUUGGGUUGGCAAAGGAAUAGUUUAUGAUACUGGUGGACUUUUUAUCAAAGCCAGGAGUUCCAUGCCAGGUAUGAAGCGCGAUUGUGGUGGUGCAGCUGGCAUUCUUGGAGCAUUUUAUCUUGCUGUCAAAAUGGGUUUCAAAGAAAAUCUCCAUGCCAUUUUUUGCCUUGCUGAAAACGCUAUUGGUCCAUUAGCCACGAGGCCAGAUGAUAUCAUAAAGCUUUAUUCAGGGAAAACUGUUGAAGUGAACAAUACUGAUGCAGAAGGCCGUCUAGUAUUAGGAGAUGGUGUUGCUUAUGCCAAGAAAGAUUUGCAAGCCACAAUAAUUAUAGAUAUGGCUACUUUAACUGGAGCCCAAGGUGUUGCUACUGGGCGUUAUCAUGCUGCAUUGCUUACAAAUAAUGAAGAAUAUGAAAGAAAAGCUAUUUUGGCUGGGAAAUUAUCUGGUGACUUAAUCCAUCCAAUGCCAUUUGUGCCAGAAUUGCAUUUCUGUGAAUUUAACAGUUCAUAUGCUGAUAUGAAAAAUUCAGUAUCUGAUAGUUCCUGUGGUGCAGUAUCUUGCGCUGGUUUAUUUAUAGGAUCACAUUUAGGAUUUGAUUAUGAUGGGAAAUGGCUCCACAUAGAUAUGGCCAAGCCAUGUUAUCAGGGUGACAGAGCCACUGGAUAUGGUGUUGCUUUGUUGAAUACAUUGUUUGCAUAUGCAUCCCAGAAUCCUAUGCUUUUAAAGUUGGCAAAUUACAUGAAGGAGGAAUCUCAAUGAAAGCAACACAUUCUAAUAAUCCUAUUGCAUUUUAUUGUUCUUUUAAUGCAUUGUAUGUCAGUAAAUGGACAUGCUAUCAUCGAUAAUCAAAAAUAACAAAAAGAUUUGUUAUAUACUGAUAUUUCUUCAAACUUUUCAAACGCAUUUGAUGUGUAAUAUCUAAUUAUUGUUUGGGGAAUGUAUAAAAGUAUUAUCUUCUUAUAGGUUUGCAAUUUAUUCAAAAUAUAAAAUAGAAUAUGUAUAAUUAAAACAUUAUUGAUCAUCACUUUUUCAUAAAUAAAAAUUGUCAAAAAGCGUUUUAUAAUUCUUUGACAUUGUAAGAUUUAGUACAAUAAAGUAUUUCAAAUGUAGAGAAUGAAGAAGUAUAAUAUGCUGAAAAUUAUUUAGUAACCAAACUUUUUCUUACAAAUUGUCCUUGUUAAUCUUGCCCUAGUCGUAAUGAAAUGAAAUUUUCCUUGCAGAGUACUUAUUUGGAAAUUGUAAUGCAUGUAGAAUAAAACUAUAGAAAAUUAUUUAACCAAUUCAGAUAUGUGUUAUCUAUUUGCUAUUGUAAUUAACAAAUGGUUAAAUAUUUAAAGUCAAUGUAUAUUAGAGUUCUUCUACAUAAAAAUUGAGACAAGGAAUGGAAUCUUGUAAGAAAAGUUGUUUAUGAGAAAAAGUAAAGUUUGCUACAUUAAUUAUAUUUCCCCAUGCUAGUAUGAUGGCACUUAACAUUCAAUAUAAUGUUGCUUGUCCAGUGUCCGUUUUCCAACUACAUCUAAUACAAGAGCACAUUCUUUAUUUCUGUUCAUUCUGUACAAUAUGUAUCUUUAGAUCUAAACGGUGUGUUAUGUGCAAUUAAUUUGUUAGUUGCCAUUUUUCCCCCUGGAAAAAUUAUUCUUUCAGCUAGAAAAAAAGAUUAAGAAAUAGCUUUAUUCUAAUUAUUUUUAACAGUAAAUGAGUUGUAUUAGAUGGAGCAGAACAAUCUUAAAAGAAAGAAAGAAAAAAAAUGAUCAAUUUUUCUAUGUAUUUCUCCCUUGUUUUUGAAAAUAUUUCAAAUAUUGAUGAAAAAUAGUGGUUUAAAAGAACAUUUGUAUGUCUUCAGUGUUUCUUUGAACAACCAAUCUUUCUUUCUUCAAAUUGCAAUAUUCAAAGUUGUUGUGACUCAUAAUUUUGCAUGCUGCAAACAUGUUGAACAAUUUCAAUGUAUAUGAAUCCAAAUUCAAAUGUUCUGUUAUUGAAGAAAUUGAUUUUAUAAUAUAGGAUGUCAUUGAUUUGGGAAUUAUUUAAGCUGUAUUAAAGUAUGUUAGUUGUAUAUCAACAAAUUCUCCAAGGUAUUUUGGUGUAUAAGAAAAAUAUUUUUUAAAAAUUAGAAUUUAAUAUGAGUUUUACAAAAAAUACACUCACCCAUCAUAUGUCGUUGAAAUUUGAAGUAAAAAAAAUUAGUAUUUUUAUAAGCAUUUUUAAAACAUAUAAAAUAAAUUAUUCACUUAAAAACAUAUAUAUAUAUAUACACAUUGUUCCUAAAAAUAGGUACAACCAAGAGAAUGCUUGUAAUGGACUAGUUCCAAAUAAUGUGAAGGAAAUUGUUGCAUAUUAACAUUCAGUCGUUACAUUGAAAUUUGCUUUCCAUUUGUCAAAUAGACUGGUAUAUAACAAUUAUGUUUCAUGAAAAUUUUAAUUAUAGGCUUAAAUUUUAAUCAUUACACAUUUUUUAUUGUUUAAUUUAUUUUAUAUGUAGUUUUUAACAGAGUCACGAAAAUUAACUGCAAUCAUGGUAGCAUUACUUUCUCCAUAUAUAGUACAAAUCUCUAAGGCAAGAUAGUGGCUAAAAUGAUUUUUAUUUACUCACAUCUCAUUUUAAAAAUGUAAAUAUAAAAAAACUAAAUCAUUUUUAUAGCUUUUUAGAUUCUCAAUAAAAUAAAUUUUUUGCUAAAUGCAAUUUACUUCUGUGUUUUAAAUUUGGAAAAAGAACCCACCCUGAGUGAUUUUUCCCUCAUAUAUUUCCUAAUAAAGGCAUCCCCCCUCUAUGAAUAAAUUGUGGAUACUGGGCAAGAUCAUGAACAAAAUGUGUGCUCCAUUCUUUUAUUAAUAUUAUUAUUUAUUUCAAAAUAAUGCACAUGAGCAUUUUUUGUUUCAUAAUGAAUAAAGAAAAGCGAAUAUGUAUUUUGGAUGCCUUUUUCUUGACCAGUUAAAACGAAAAUUCGCACAAAUCUACAAGUGUUGGAAGAAAAGCGUAUUUUAUUUGUCUAAAUUGUUGCUUUAUCGCGUUUACAUUCAUACGGAUGCAUAGAUGGUAAACCUAUUGAUGCAUUUGGUCCAAAAUUUGGCACAGAUCUGCACUUCAAAUAUUAAAACUGUCUACUAAAGUUAAUCCAUUGAGCUCUUUUUACUCAGACACAAAGAUCAACAAUCUUCUUGUGUAUAAUAUUUAUAAAUUUGAAACAAAGCCCACGUAUUAAAAUUCAUCCAUCAAGCUCGGAGCGUUUUUUAACUACCAUAUCCACAAUGAAGCAUAACUCCAAAAGUGUUCUUUUUAGGGUUAAGGAGGAAUUUGAAACAAGGAGAUUCGUUAAAAUCGCGAGUUCCAAUUUUUUGACGAUUAUGCUUUCUCUUUGUAUAUUUUAUAUGUGAGAAAGAAAAAAAGCUCUUAAUUUAAGCCCGUAUAUUUUAUUAAAUACCCGGAAUUCUUAUUUCUAAACUCGCAAAACCUUCAAAAAUCAUUAAAACUACCUUUGAAUUAUAAUGACUGGUAAUUAAGUUCCUGAUGGUUUACGGCGCAAGUCAUUUAUAUAUUGUAUGAUAUUUUUUCUUUUGUUUGUAUUGUAUUUCUAUUUAUUACAUAAUCAUUUUAAAGAGAUAUUUUUAUUAAAGUUUAUUUUUAACCAAAAGAGAACAAUGUAAAUGGUUUUUAGAUUUUGUAUAAAUAAAA